AUGUCGCCAAUCCGCGUAGGCCUCGUCGGGCUCGGGCCCAAACAUACGGGCGCUGUUACCCCUGGCGCCUGGUCCAGCAUCGCGCACAUCCCCUCCAUCCAGCUCCUUCCCGCGUACGAGCUAGUAGCCGUCGCCAAUUCCACCGCAGAGUCGGCCCGGAAGGCCAUCGCAGAGCACGGCCUGCCCGCAUCUGUCAAGGCAUACGGCAGCGCCGAAGACCUGGCCAACGACCCGGACGUGGACCUGGUCGUCGUGUCCGUGAGGGUGGGAAAGCACUUCCAGCUCAGCAAGCCGGCCAUCUUGAAGAAGAAGGACAUCCUCGUCGAAUGGCCCCUCGGCGCGUCGCUGGAAGAAUCGGAGGAGCUGACCAGACUGGCGGCGGCCAACGGUGUCAAGACCGCCAUGGGCCUGCAGGGUGUCGCGGGUAAGCUUGCCCUGAAGAUGAGGGAGCUGGUCGCCGGCGGCAAGAUUGGCCGAGUGCUUAGCACGUCGGUUUCUUCUUCCUCGUCCUUCGUUACCAAACACGGCUGGGUUCAGGGUGCCGAGUAUAUUCUCGACAUGAACAGCGGUGGCAACGACUUCUGGAUCAUAUUUGGGCAUUUUCUACACUCUUUCAUCGAUGUCCUUGGCGACUUCUCCGAACUUCAGGCCAUGAUGAAGACACAUUAUACCGACAUCACGAUCCGUGGUCCAGAUGGGCAGGUCGUAAAUCCAGCGUACAAGAGAACUUCUCCCGACGAUAUCCUUGUCCAUGGCAUUCUCGAGAGCGGCGCCACCGCGUCCCUCAACUUCUUCAAGUCAGAAACACCCGUCGCAGACAAGAGAGCCUUUGUAUGGCGCAUCACGGGCACCGAAGGCGAGAUCGAGCUCGCUUCACCCGAGUUCAGGUGGCAGGGGGGCCACCCGGAGGCCCAGAUCACGAUGAGGAUCGGCAGAUCCGGGAAGCCGGAGAAGGUCGAGCUGGAGGCUCAGGACCCGGCCAUUGCUGCUAACGUGCCGCAACAAGGGCAGAAUACGGCACUAAUCUAUGAGGCCUGGGCGAAGGGGGAUUCGAGUCGGUAUGCGACGUUUGAGCAGGCAACCAAGACACACCGACUUCUGCAGAGGAUUGUCGAGGCCACUCCUGGGUUUAACGUGUAA